AUGCUCCCCGAUCUGAGCUUCAGAGAGUUUGAAUUUGAUCCACCUGAUAGCAGGAACCCCUGGAACCUCCUUCCAAAAUGGCCUGUUACCCACCGUCAACGUAUUGCCGAGUUGGAUUUCCUCGCGAGUUAUUAUGACACAGUAGGUCAGGCAGAUAAUAUCAAGGCAGCUAAGGAUUGGCAUGCCAGCUUUCCACUUGAUGAUGAGGUUGGCUAUGAGACUGCCUACUUCCACCGUGGGAAGAAAGUUGGGAGCUUUGAGAUUAACUCACAGGAGGGUCCAGCGUGGAUUGAAAAUGCUGAUGGCAAGAUCAAAGAGGCGUGGUUUCGAAUCAUCUUCCAGCGGGACGCAAACGGCGACCUCGUGAUCCGCGAAGGAUACAUAGCAUCGAAUACCGAAAACUGGAGAACCAGACUCAUGCAGUUUGAUCAUCCGGGAUUCUACAAUCACACAGGAGCGUUGAGGAAGCGAGCUAUCAAGCAGCACCCGAAGCAGGGCCAUCUCUGCAGCCCUGCCUGGAGAAUUCGUACUGGGCCUGCAACCGAGGAAUCCCCCGAGCUCAGCAGCCUCCCUCAAGCAAAAGGUGAAGUUGCGGAAGGUGGGGCAUUACGCCUCCAAGCUCUCAUCCACGAGGAGGUCAUGAAGGCUGAGCGGAACCAUCGGAAGACCCUCAAAAGGGAAGAAGAAAAGAUCAGCGCCCUCGAAUGCCGUGUCAAGGAACUGGAUCAAGUUUAUGUAUAUGUCUUGCUAGGGUGA